AUGUCUAUUGAAAAGGACCCUAGCAAGGUGGCUUACACCAACACCGCCGGCGGUAACGCGGCGUUCCACAACUACAUCAACGACUUUGCCCACAUCGAGGAUCCGCUAGAGCGCAGAAGACUGGCGCUCCAGUCGAUCGACGAUGCCCCCUUCGGAUGGUACCACGUGCGCGCCAUCGCGGUUGCCGGAGUCGGGUUUCUUACCGAUUCGUACGAUAUCUUCGCCAUCAACCUGGGUAUCUCCAUGAUGGCUUACGUGUUCUGGCAGGGAAACAUGCCAUCGUCCACCACGACGCUGCUGAAGGUGUCGACCUCGGUCGGAACCGUGAUCGGCCAGCUCGGGUUUGGUAUUAUGGCCGAUGUCGUCGGCCGUAAGAAGAUCUACGGUCUCGAGCUGAUCAUCAUGAUCGCCGCCACCAUCCUGCAAUGUACCCUCGGCAAAGCACCCGGCGUCAGCUUUGUCGCCGUGCUAACUUUCUACCGUAUCAUUAUGGGUAUCGGUAUCGGUGGUGACUACCCACUUUCGUCCAUCAUCACCUCCGAGUUUUCCACCACCAAAUGGCGUGGUGCCAUCAUGGGUGCCGUGUUCGCCAACCAGGCCUUUGGUCAGAUUGCCGCCGGUAUCGUUGCCCUUAUUUUGGUUGCUGCCUACAAGGACGUUUUGAUUCUUGCCAACACCAACGCCGAAUGUGGUCCCGCUUGUGCUAAGGCAUGUGACCAGAUGUGGCGUAUUCUUGUCGGCCUUGGCUGUGUGCCCGGUGUCGUUGCCCUAUAUUUCCGUCUAACCAUCCCCGAGUCCCCACGUUACUCUUUGGACGUUGAAAACAGACUCAACAAGGGUGUUGCCGAUGCCUCCAAAUUCACUUCUGGCGAACACGGUGACGCCGAGGCCGAGGACAUUGCCCGUUUGGAAAGAGCCCCAACUGCUGUUGAACAAUACGAAAUCGCUCCUCCAAAGGCCUCCGCUCGCGACUUUAUGAGACAUUUCAGCAAGUGGAAGUACGGUAAGAUCCUGGUCGGUACUGCGUUCUCGUGGUUCACGCUGGACGUGGCCUUCUACGGGUUGAACUUGAACUCCGCUGUCAUUUUGCAAACUAUUGGUUACGCUUCUUCCAAGAACGUUUACCACAAAUUGUACAACUCCGCUGUUGGUAACUUGAUUUUGAUUUGCGCCGGUUCGUUGCCAGGUUACUGGGCCUCUGUUGCCACCAUCGACACCAUUGGUAGAAAACCAAUUCAACUCUUCGGAUUUUUCAUUCUAACCGUUCUGUUCUGUAUUAUUGGUUUCGCAUACCACAAAAUUAACGACAAGGGUCUACUUGGUCUCUACAUUGUUUGCCAAUUUUUCAUGCAAUUCGGUCCUAACGUUACUACUUUCAUUGUUCCAGGUGAAGUGUUCCCAACCAGAUACAGAUCUUCUGCUCACGGUAUUUCUGCCGCUUCCGGUAAAAUCGGAGCCAUUAUUGCACAAACUGCCUUGGGUACGUUGAUCGACCACAACUGUGCCAAAGAUGGUAAAGCUGCCGGAUGUUGGUUGCCUCACGUUAUGGAGAUUUUCGCUUUGUUCAUGUUUUGUGGUAUCUUCAGUACUUUGUUGAUCCCUGAGACGAAGAGAAAGACUUUAGAGCAAAUUUGCGAAGAAUACCACGAUGAAAUCGAUUCUUCCAAGUAUGCUUCUGGCCAGUCUGGUGACUCUAGCCACACUGAGACUGUUUAA